UUAAGUUUCCCAGGGCGACGCCGAGCGGCUUUGUUUUCAUGGAGAAGAAAGAGCGACAGAAGUUGAUCACUAACCAGCACUACGACGAAAGCGUGGACGUGAACGACUCGGACGAGAUCACCAGCGUGUACAGCCCGUCUCCCCGGCAGACAGGUUCCCGAAAGACUAGGAGUCAGCGGGCUGCCAUGACCAACGACAGCAGCGAUGAGUUUGAAGAGGAAACCAAGAACAAAAAGAAGGAACCAGCAUCCGUAAUUCAACGAGGUUUGAUGAAGAAUGAAGAGGAAGAUGAUGAUGAAGACGACGAUGAUGAUGACGAUGAUGAAUCUGAUGAGACAGACUCUGAUGAAGACGAAGGAGACCCUGGGUCUGCUCUUGAAGGGGCAUACGAUCCAGCUGAUUAUGACCACCUUCCAGUGAGCUCGGAGAUCAAAGAGCUUUUUCAGUACAUUACACGGUAUACCCCUCAGACCAUCGAGCUGGACCACAAGCUGAAACCCUUUAUACCUGACUUCAUCCCAGCGGUUGGUGACAUCGACGCUUUCCUUAAGGUUCCGCGUCCGGAAGGCAAGCCCGACAGCCUGGGCCUGUUGGUUCUUGAUGAGCCGUGCGCCAAGCAGACGGACCCGACCGUGCUGUCCCUGUGGCUCUCUGAGAACAGCAAGCAGCAUAACGUCACAGAAGUGAAAGUGAAAAGCCUGGAGAACCCAGAGAAGAAUCCCAAGGCCAUUGAUAACUGGAUUGAGAGCAUUAGUGAGCUGCACCGCUCCAAACCCCCUGCCACUGUCCACUACACUAGGCCUAUGCCUGAUAUCGACACACUGAUGCAGGAAUGGCCACCUGAGUUUGAGGAGCUUUUGGGGAAGGUGAGCCUUCCCACCGCAGACAUCAACUGUGACCUAGGAGAAUACAUUGAUAUUAUCUGUGGCAUCCUGGACAUCCCGGUCUAUAAGAGCAGAAUUCAGUCCCUUCACGUCUUGUUCACGCUCUACUCAGAGUUCAAGAACUCACAGCACUUCAAAGCCUUGGCAGAGGGUCAGAAAUCGAACACGUCCUCCGCUCCGCGCUCCGGCACCGGAGAGGCCGAGACAUUGACAUUUGACUAAGGCCUGUUCCCCAAACGUGGUCACAUAAAACAUCUGUGUGCUUCUCCAAAGACUUCAAUGAAGGUCUUCAGGUGCCUGACUGACAAACCACAAUGUCCAAAAAUGAUGUCCAUGCAACGGGGCCUAACUUGGUCCAUUUUGGUUAGCCAUGCAGUGUACUAUAAGGCAUCAGAGGCACUCGUAAUACUGAGGGGUGACACCCCUGCCAACGUGCCGUGGGACCAGCCAUUCAGCAUGCACAAACAUGGAGUUUCUUCUUUUUUUUGUUUCGAAAGGAAAGACUAGUUCUUGAUGGAUACGAAACAUGUUUAUGUUCUGCUGGGGUCAUGAUUGCAGUUUUUGAAGUGAAAGGAAUACACUACUUUAAUACAAUAGUGCUUUCAUUGUUUUGGAGUUACUGUAUGAUAUUUCUCUUGUUUUAUUCUCACUGUGCUUAGCAGUACCUCAGAAUUUUAAAUGUUUGUGUAAGAGGUUCAAUGAGAUGAAUUCAACAGGUGUCUUUAUACAGGUUUAAGGCAUUUUUUUAAAUUUAGA